CCGCAAUGGGACGCACAACGCCGUCGUCUGUCUGGGCCAAUGGAGAGACAGCGCCAAACAGGCGAUUAGUUUCAAUCUGCUGUCCGAUGCGAUUGCGGCGGCGACCCACAUCGAAGAGAACCUGCAAGGCCUGGAGCCCGAGAAGCUCAUCGAGGGCCUGACGUUCCGCAGCGUGGACCGGGCGAUCCUGCUUGGCCUCCUGGAACGCUUAACCGCGACGAAGGAACACGUGGAUGCCGAGUCCCUUCGUGAGAUCGUCACGCGUCGGCAGGAGGGACAUUGGAUCGCCUCGCUCUCGGUGCCCGAACAGCAGCGCAAGGCGCGGUUUGCCGCGUACGAGGCCGUCGCGGUCGCGGCCGAGUUCUUUGACCUGAAGAAUCGUCAUUCGGAGGGAUUUGACGGCGACACGGCGGCGGAAAUCUACAAGCUCUACACCAGCGAGUUGUACCGCUUCGACCAACUCUACCGGCACUUCUGCGUCAACGCCGACGUAGCGGAUUCCUAUGGGUGGGACAUCCUCAAGCCGCUCCGCCAGGAGAUGGAGGCGGCUUACAAGAACUGGUUCUUGGUGCAGCUCGCACUCAAGUGGGCCAAGUUCCUCGGAGGAGGACUACUGGAAAGAUGGCAGAUCCCCGGCGUUCCUAAUCAGUACGAGUUUUACGAGAGGAACGUGGCGACGCGUCAGAACGAAGCCGAGAACCGCCGCUCGUUCGUCGUGAUCAGCGACGCGUUCCGCUACGAAUCCGCGACCGAGCUAACCAAGACUCUCAACGGCGAGUACCGGUUCCAGGCCGAACUUGAGUCGCAGCUGUGCGUCUUGCCGUCGUACACGGCGCUAGGCAUGGCGAGCCUGCUGCCGCAUCGGCAGCUAGAGUACACCGAGAAGGGCGACGUGCUGGCGGACGGGGUUUCGACGUCCGGGUCGGAGAACCGCGCGUCUAUCCUGUCGAAGGUAGACGGGAUUGUAGUUCAAGCGGACGACUUGCUGGCCCUCAGGAAGGAAGAGGGCCGAGAGCUGAUCGAGGGGAGCAAGGUGGUGUACGUCUACCACAACGAGAUCGACACGCGCGGCGAGAAUGCGGCGACGGAGGGCGACACCUUUCACGCCACCCAUCAGGCGAUCCGAGAGUUGGCCGACAUCGUGCGGCACAUCGUGAACAACCUGAACGGGAACUACGUGGUGGUGACGGCCGACCACGGGUAUCUCUUCUCCGAAUCCGCACCCGGCGAGACCGACAAAAGCAAGCUCGCUGACAAGCCGGCUGGGACGGUGAAGGCCAAGAAGCGUUAUCUCAUUGGCUACAACUUACCUUUGUACGACGACGCAUGGCGGGGGACGACGGAGGCGACAGCCAAAUGCGCUGGCGGCAUGGAGUUCUGGGUUCCGAAGGGAGCCAAUCGCUUUCACUUCACCGGCGGCGCCCGGUUCAUCCACGGGGGCGCGAUGCCGCAGGAGGUGGUGGUGCCAGUCGUCACCGUCCGUCAGUCGAAGAGCCGGAAGGAGCUAGAGAAAACGCGUACGAAGAGCGUCUCGUUCUCGGUGCUGGGCGGCAAUCACAAGGUUACGACCCACUCGCACCGCUUCAAGCUGGUCCAAAUGGAGCCGGUGAGCGACCGCGCCAAGCCAUUGACGGUGAAAAUCGCCCUCUACGACCGCGACGAACCGAUUUCGAGCAUCGAGACCGUUACGUUCGCGAGCACCUCAGCUAACCUAGACGACCGCCAGCAGGCCGUGAUGCUGACGCUGAAAGAUCAGGCAUUCGACAAGAACAAGCGGUACCGGCUCGUGGCGAAGGACGCCGCUACGGAUUUCGAGCUCCAAAGCCAAGACAUCGACACCGGCCUCGACGAACUGCUCAAUCGCCACUUUGGCGGCAGGGUGGUGCGCAAGGAUCUGACCAAGCUGGUCAAGGAAGGGGCCAACGUCCCAGUCUACGUGCUGGAAUAUUUGCUGGGGAACUACUGCGCGUCAGACGAUCCGGCGGUCAUCGAGGAAGGGCUCGGCACAGUCAAGAGAAUCCUGGCGGACAACUAUGUCCGCCCCGAUGAAGCGGAGAAGGUAAAGUCCACGAUCCGUGAGCGGGGCAGGCUGAAGAUCAUCGACAAGGUGACGGUGACGCUCAACGAGAAACGAGACACUUACGAAGCGGUGUUGUCGAAUCUCGGCACCAAGGGCGUGGAGAUCCCCACCGGCACGGUCAAACAGUACGAGAAGCUGUUGGCGGGCGGCAUCUGGUCCAUCAUGACCAUGCAGUACUUCUACGAGGAGGGGCAGAAGGGCUCGCCGUUCAUAAUCGAGGAUCUCAAGCCGAUUCAGAUGGCGAACAUGGACAUGGACGAGCUAUUCGCGGGACGGCGUUUCUUCUCAGAAGAGCAGUGGAUCGAUGCGCUGCUGCGGUCGUGCGGGUACGAGCCGACUCAAUUCGAACCGCGCGUGAAGAUGCACCUGCUCUGCCGGAUGGUUCCACUCGUCGAGAACAACUACAACGUCUGCGAGUUGGGCCCACGCGGCACCGGCAAGAGCCACAUCUACAAGGAAAUCAGUCCAAACAGCAUUCUCGUCUCUGGCGGACAGACGACCGUCGCCAACCUUUUCUACAAUCUUGCGCGGCGGCAAGUCGGCCUGGUGGGACUGUGGGACGUCGUCGCCUUCGACGAAGUCGCGGGAAUUUCCUUCAAGGACAAAGACGGUGUCCAAAUCAUGAAGGACUACAUGGCGAGUGGCUCCUUCGCACGCGGUCGAGAUUCGAUCAAUGCCUACGCGUCGAUGGUGUUCGUCGGCAACAUUAACCAACCAGUAGACACCCUGGUAAAAACUAGCCACCUGCUUGCGCCGUUCCCGGAGACGAUGAUUGACUCCGCGUUUUUUGAUCGCUUUCACGCCUACAUCCCGGGGUGGGAGAUCCCGAAGAUGCGGCCGGAGUUCUUUACGAACCAGUACGGCAUGAUCGUUGACUACUUCGCCGAGUGGGUCCGCGAGAUGCGGAAGCGCAACUUCGGCGACGCGGUUAGCAAGUACUUCAAACUAGGGCGAGAUCUGAACCAGCGCGACACGAUCGCGGUCCGCCAUACGGUCUCGGGGCUGCUGAAGCUGCUUUACCCAAACGAGGAAUACGAUAAAGAGGCGGUGCGACGGUGUCUUGAGUACGCGCUUGAAGUGCGCCGCCGGGUGAAAGAACAGCUGAAGAAAAUCGGGGGCAUGGAGUUCUACGAUGUGCACUUUAGCUACAUCGACCUGGAGACGUCCGAGGAGAAAUUCAUCAGCGUUGCCGAGCAAGGCGGAGGGACGUUAAUCCCUGACGGGCCUCUCAACCCGGGUGUUCUUCACACCGUAUCGACCGGCGGAGCCGACUCGCACCUCGGAUUGUACCGACUGGAGACGCAAGUGACCGCGGGCAACGGCUCGCUCAAGAUGUCGGGUCUCGGCUCCAAUCAGAACGCGAAGGAAGCGAUCAAAGUAGGAUUCGACUUCUUUAAGGCAAACGCCAGCAGUGUCAGUGCCUCGGUCAAAGUUUCCGACCACGACUACCAUCUGCAGGUUGUCGAGCUCCACAACACGGGGCCGACAUCGGCGCUCACGCUGACGACCUUCAUCGCACUUUGCUCGGCAGUUCUAGGAAAGCCGCUGCAGAGCCAGCUCGUUGUAUUGGGAAGCAUGAGCCUCGGCGGGAACGUCAUCCCUGUCGAGAACCUAGCAGAAUCGUUGCAAGUGGCUCACGACGCUGGCGCUAAGCGACUGCUGCUUCCGAUGGCCAGUGUGGGUGACAUUCCCACCAUCCCGGGCGAGCUCUUUGCUAAGUUUCAAACGGGCUUUUACUCCGAUCCUCGUGACGCCGCCUUCAAGGCGGUGGGAGUAGAAUGA